AUGACCCCGGACGGCAUAGUCAUGUACCAGGUCAACACGGCACUAGGACAAACUACCACGAUAAGCCGUCUUGAAAGUCACCCUCGACUUUUGAGCACUGGGCGGGUAUCUUGCGUCGUUGGCGAAGUCGAUAGUGGCCGAUUAAAGUUGCUCGAUGGCGAGAGCCCGAUAGAAAUUGUGAUGGUUUCGGGCGCGGAGGAGACCGAAAAUGUCGACAGACCUUGGACCUUUAAUGGACCAGACGACAAGCCGUACACAUGGCAAAUUAUGUUCCGUUCUCCGGUGCUGUUUGUGUCUGGUAACGCACCCAUCCCUCUAGCACGAUAUAGACAAGCAAAACUUGGUAUCAUAUCACGAUCAAGACGAGCUUUCCUCGAAAUAUUCCCCGCUGGAAUAAAUGUCAUUGAUUUCAUUGUUGUUACAUUUGUCUCUUAUGCGAAGCAUCAUUGGCUGGAUGUGCCCCACCAUGAGUCCAGUUCAUCGGCAACUUAGUCCUACAAGUGAGAAGGCUGUUGAAGCUGGAUAUAGUACGCGAAGGAUUGGAUUAUGCUCCCCUGACUAGGAGUGGGUUUUUGUAAAUCAUACCUGAGCUAGUGGGAUACUCCGAAUAGCAUUCUGGUCAACUCCAAGCACUCGCUUCUGAGAGCUGAGCGUGAAGCAUCCGUGAUCUUGUCAUAGGUGGUUCAUGUGCUCUGAUCAUAAGAGUGUAAACUUUCACAUGACUGGUAUUCUCACCGG